AUGGAGACCUUGAAACAAGUGCUAGGGCCAGAGCAUCCUUCUACUCUGACCAGCAUGGACAACCUUGCAUCAACAUACUGGAACCAAGGACGAUGGAGGGAAGCAGAGGAGCUACAGAUACAGGUUGUGGAGACAUCAAAACAGGUACUGGGGCUAGAACAUCCCUCUACUCUGACCAGCAUGGAUAACCUUGCCUUAACAAACCGGAAUCAAGGGCAAUGGAAGGAAGCAGAAGAAUUGCAAGUGCAAGUACUGGAGAUACGCAAACAGGUGCUGGGCCAGGACCACCCAGACACUUUGAAGAGUAUGGAUAGCUUGGCAUCCACAGUUCUACGCCAGGGACGGGUUGAUGAGGCAGAAAAGCUGCUGGUACAUGUGGUAGAUGCUCAAGAGCAGGUGCUGGGCCCAGCACACCCGGGCACUCUAGCGAGCAAGGGUGAGCUAGCAUCCGCGUAUAUGCGCCAGGGACGGCUUGAUGAGGCAGAAAGGAUGUUGAUACAUGUAUCAGAGGCGCGUAAGCGAGCGAGCGGACCUGAUCACUCUCAAAUGCAAACCCCUCCAGCCGGAGCAGCAUCUAUGUCUGAAAACCAGGAAUCGUCAACGCGACAGGCAGAGUCUACCUUUGGAGGUACGACUCUGGUGGAGACUCAAGAUGAACUUACGCUUGAAAUAGAGCUAUCACUUCCGUUGGAUCAACGCGCCUCAGAUGCAAUUGAAGAUGAAGACUGCAUAUCCGUGGAAUCAAAUGACGAUGAUAUCGCCUCGCAAACUGCGACGAAAAGAACCGAGCCAGAGAUCUUAGCUGCCCGAUAUUUCGGAUUAUUUUUGGCAGUUAGAAGAGUUACGCCCAUUGCAUGA